GGUGCUUAUCCAACAAAUACAAGUUGCCCCUGUUCCGCAUACCUAUAAUAAUAAUAUUCCUAAAUUCCCUGAAGAUAUAAUAGAAAAUCUAACAAAUUUUACCAAGAAAGAUUUACAACAGACCUCAAGGAAGCAGACAUCAUAUAAAAAAGUUCACCCAGCAAAGUCAAGCCCACCAACCAUAACCACAAUUCUUGAAUCACAUAAUGUUCCCGAAGGUAACCCAGAAGUAGAUUUAGAGGACUUAAUUGAUGGCUAUCUUGAUACUUUAAACACCUAG